GCAUCAGUAACCAUGUCAAAAGCAGAUUACUUGUCGAAAUACCUUGCAGCAAAGGAGCCAGCCAAGGAGACACACAAGAAGAAACACAAAAAGAAGAGAACAGUACCGUCAAGCAAUAUAAUAAUUGAGAAAACAAAUUAUGACCAACCAAACGAAGAAUUACUAGCACAAGAACAAGAACAAGAACAAGAGGAGCACGAAGAUGCUCCAGUUAAAGUUACUGCUAAAGUAACACCAAACAAAGGAUUUAAGAGAAUUGAUGACGGAAAGACAGUAACAAAACAAGCGCAAGUACAACAACAACACCAACCAUCAGCACCACUACCACAACAACAAGCUACUAUAUAUAGAGACUCAUCAGGCCGAAUUAUCGACAUUAACCAGAAAAAGCACGAAUAUGAAGCAAGUAAACAGAAACCAGAGGUGACUAUACUACGAACAGACUCAAAAGAGUUACAACGACAAGAACAAGAAAUAUUCAAACCAAAAACCUCCAAUUUUGAAGAUCCAAUGUUGUCGUACAAACAAGAACAAGAAGAUACAAGUGUGAGCAAAUAUGUAUACCAGGGUACUAAAACCACUGUGAAUAGAUUUGAUAUACCACCAGGAUAUUUUUGGGAUGGCAUUGAUCGAUCAAAUGGAUUUGAAGAGUUAAUCAUGAGGAAACAAACGGAACAAAGUUAUAACAAGAUUGAAUCGGCAAAUAAUGAAGAAUAUGAUUUUGACCUCGAGUAGAUAUACAUUUAAAUGAGAGCUAUCGCUAGUGUAAAUCCAUUGUAUAAAGUAGUGUAAUAUAUUAUAUAGGUACCAGACAACCACAUGGGAAUAUAAAAAAGUAGCAA